CUUCUUGCAUCGAAUUGAAGUGUAGUCUAUAUUGUUAGAUGCCCAUUUGGAGGUCGGAUGAAAAUGGCGGGAAUCGGUGAAAAAUUUGAGCGGAAUCCUAACCUCACAAAAAUGUAAUCGAAAUAUUACUUGUGUCGGUGAAAACUUAUUAGUGAUACCUGUGGCAAAAUAUAAUUUGAGAAUCAAAUAAUUUGCUGCUUAAUUACGGCAAGUGUAUUACGAGUGUCAUAAUACAUUUUAGUUUUAUUUUCUAAAAAUUAUUUGUGUUUGCAAACAAGGUAUUAUAAAAUUAAAGCUUUCAGGAAGAAAAGCAAGCGCAACUUUCAAGUGUUGAAAAUGUAGCAAGAAUUAUUCGACUCAACAAGUUCAUUUACUUAUGAGACCGGAUUCUACAAUUAUGGCACUCCAACAAUUGAACCAAGCUUUACAAGCUUUGUCUAAAUCUGUUUCUAAUUUCCACGUCGGUGCAGUUUCAAUCGACGAUUUUAAGCCGCUCGAAGAACAAAUACAGGAUAUACGGCAGAUAUUACGGAAACAAAAGGCUCAUUGGAUAUUGGUGAAUGCUAAACACAACGCGCAUUCUGUUACAGAGGGAAAUCAAGAUGUUGGCGAUGGAUUUGAAAAUUUACAUCAGGCAGUAGGAAAUAUGAAAAUAGCUGGUUCCAUGAUUAAUGUGUGUCUUCAAAGUUGUACGAUUGACGAUAUUGUGCUUAAAGACAAAUCAUCGCCUGAAAUCAAGAAGCAGGUAAAGGAGUGCCUGACAAGGCUGUUCAUACUCUCGGAUAAACUGAUAUCCUUAAACGUUUCAAUGGCCAAUGCAUUGAACGAGGAAUUAAAUCUGAAAAAAGAAUGCCAAGAGUCCUUAUUGGAACAUAGCCAGUUUCUACAAACUCAAAAGGCUCUUCGGAAUGCAAGACUUCACGAUGCAAACCCUGAAAUAUUGAGAAACAAAAAGAAGUUGGAAUUGAGAUUAUUAAAAAUCAAUAUAAUGAAACGGCUAAUGACGAACAUGAUUGCCACUGCUAGCGAUAUGCUGACCCAGGAACCAUUUCUUUUUGAAAUGAUGCUUAAGCACAGAGACAUUAUCAACAUUGAAACAAUUAUUGAAAUGGCACGUGAGAAAGCAUCGACAGAUUCGUCGCCACAUGCUUAAUAAACUAGUGCCU